AUGGCUCGCAUGAGGAAGAUAGAACCUCUUCGAUUAGUGAACAAGAACGAAAGUACGUGGUGUUGGUUGAGGCUAGCGACCCUUGAACCCCAAUCGAAAAUCGCUAACGAAGAGGUCACAUCUAGACGUUUGCGCAACCGUCUCUCGCAGCAGGCUUUCCGUCGGAGGCAAGCGGAGCGCAUGAGAGAGCUGAGUAGCCGAGUCAACACUGACCAGAAAUCCGACAAUGAGCGUAUUGAAGAGCUCCAGCGCGAGAACAGGCAGCUGCGGGCGCAGCUGGUCGAUGUUCAGGCAAGGUUGUCGCGACUGCUCGCCAACAUCCAGGGGUUGAAUGACUCUGUAUCGAAGACUUUGAAUGACACAGGGUCUCAUGAUAACAAGAGCCUUAACCAACCGGAAGACCCGUCUUUCGAGCUCUCGAAUUUCGAUUGCAAGCAGAACUAUGGAGGUGCCGCUUUCCCAGGGCCAUCUGUGCAGCUCGAACCUUUCGAUACAUCAUUGCUGGACUUCGAUCCGCCGCUUGUUCAUCAACCUGCAUCAGGUGAGACUGAAGAUGCGUUUUUGUCAUCGGAACUCAUCAACGUCACUGGGACAAGCCCCCUCUAUGCACAGAUUCCGAAUAUCUGGACAUUUGAGUACCAAACCGGAAUAGAGCCGUACUUGACUGCCAUGGCUGCAACUCAAGAGUCUAGCAUGGCGCUGAGAAAAGACAUGCCCAUAUCGAAUUCGCCAUUUUCGGACCACAUCAAGCUACUCCAGCAUCUUCUAAAAAGCAAGCUGGCAGCAAAUGGAUUCAAUCCGGACGGCGGUCAACCGUCAAUGCAAAGCAUAUACCAACCAGUUCUCAUGGUGUUGUCCAUGUUCAAUAGCAUGACGCGACCCGACGUCAUGGCAUGGUACGCCAAAACGCGCUUUUUCCACAUUAUCGAGCUCACAGCCUGGCAACUCUACCCCUCGCCCGCGACAUUCCAAAAGUUACACCAGCGAUAUCGGCCAACAGACACGCAACUGAAGCAUCCGCACCCGCGCGUGAUAGACUGGAUACCCUUCCCAUCGAUCCGAGACCGACUGAUAGAGCUCCACGCCGCCAACCCGCUUAUCGACCAAAUCUUUUGCGACGCGGUCACGGGAUACGUGGUGGAAGCGGUCAUGUCCGACCUGAUAAGCGACGCGCCCCAGAUUAUGGUUUACGUCCGGGUAACGGACCUUAUCGCGGCCAUGUCUUCCGGUGCGGGCAGCAGCGCCGAGGAUGCCCCCGCCAUGCUUCCCGCCCCGGAUAUCACCACGCUCUUCUCCUCGCCAUCCCAUGCUCGCGCCGCCUUUGCGCAGUUGAACAUGGAUAAAGGGGCAUCGUACUACAAGAUUGACCCGGCCUUUUACGCGAAGUACCCAGAGCUGUACGACCAGUCAAACGACCUCACGGCCAACGGCGUACCGCUUAAACCAAGAUCGCAAAAGGUCCUCACGUACCCCAAGCCCCUCGAUGCCUCCACAGUCGAGACCUACCGGAGUUUCAUAGACUUUUCCAUGGAUGCCACCAGCACAAUCUCCUCGACGACGGCCCCGUGA